AUGGACCGCCAUGGCGAGUCACAUCGCCCAGCUGAACCAGAAGCAGAUUCAUCCAAGCUUGUACACCUUGAGAAGGAAGGUGUGUCAUUUAUCACUGACUCAGUCUCCUCUCUUACCAACAAGCUGGCCGAGGCCAAGCAGGCAUUAGAGGAAGAGGCGUUACGUCGCGCACAGCUUGAGACACAGCUCCAGGCGGCUGAGAGUGAAAAGGCUGUCCGCGAGGACGAGCUGGCGAUCCGGCGCAUGUACGAGGACCUCACUGGGUUCACCGUUACGGAGGUUGUCAUGCACGACGCGUCGCAAUCCAGUCGCCGCUAUGAAAUGGUCUUCACCGGCACAGAUUACUUCAACCUACAGUUCUCCCUCGAGGAAUCGCGCUUGUCACAAGUGCAGGAAGCCCAUGGCGACGCUGCGCCAGCGCGAGACGAUUUCAUUUACAUUCCGCAUGUGGACGAGUCUCGCGAUGCUGGUCUGUUGGCCUCGGAGAACAUGCCAGAUCACUUCCUAGAGCAGAUUCGAUUUGAACGCAGUGCUGCGACGAAGUUCCUCAACGCCCUGCACCGCAGUUUGAGAAAGUAG